UGAAAUAUCAAAAUCUUGAAUUUUAUUUCUCAAGAAAAAAUAUCUAAUACUUCUCUCUCUAUUUCUCGUCUUCUUGGGGCUCCCGGAUCCGUAUGUCUAGCGCUUUUUAGAGAGAGAAAGAGAGAACAAUCCUCUGCUCUCUCUCUCUUCGUUAAGGUACCGCCUCUCUCUGGGCGUGUACGUUUAGGUUUCUGAUUGCAAACUAGGCCAUUUUGAAGUAUAUUUGAUUUACCAUUGGGGAUCUCACUUCAACUUGGCCGCUACUCAGGCACUGCAAUUGCUGCGGAGUGUUUGUCUGGAAUAUAUAAUAAUGAAGAACUGUGAGAGGAUCGCAAAUUUUGCCUUAGCAGGUUUAUCGUUGGCGCCGCUUGUCGUCAAGGUAGAUCCAAACUUAAAUGUUAUUUUGACUGCAUGCCUAACAGUUUAUGUGGGUUGUUAUCGUUCUGUGAAGCCAACUCCCCCUUCAGAAACAAUGUCUAAUGAACAUGCUAUGCGCUUUCCGUUUGUUGGAAGCGCAAUGUUGUUAUCACUUUUCUUACUGUUCAAGUUCCUAUCCAAAGAUUUGGUUAAUGCUGUGUUAACCUGCUAUUUCUUUGUUCUGGGAAUCGUAGCCCUUUCGGCAACCUUGUUACCUGCUAUCAAACGAUUCUUGCCGAAACAUUGGAAUGAUGAUGCUAUUGUUUGGCGUUUUCCAUACUUCCGUUCUUUGGAGAUAGAGUUCACAAGGUCGCAGGUCAUUGCAGCAAUCCCUGGAACCUUUUUCUGUGCAUGGUAUGCAUGGAAAAAGCAUUGGUUGGCUAAUAACAUUUUGGGCCUUGCAUUCUGCAUUCAGGGAAUUGAGAUGCUGUCUCUUGGAUCUUUUAAGACUGGUGCCAUUCUUUUGGUAAGUUGUGGGCAUAUGGUUAUUGAUCUGAAGGCAUUUUUUUUUUCUUUUUGUUACUCGUAGGAGAAUUUAGGUAUUUUCUAUGCAUUUUUUU